AUGGCAGAGCCCCUGUUUGCCAUCCACAUCAUCCAGACGAUCAUUGGUGUGAUUGGCCUGACCGGGAACGCCAUAGUGGUCAUCGUUAUCUGCAAGGUGAAGUUCAUGCACACGAAGACCAAUGCUUUCAUUUGCAACCAGGCCGUGGUGGACUUCCUCGGCUCUCUCUUUCUGAUCGUGACAAGUGCCCUGCCAGUCCCCGACCCCCUUCCGGACAAUUCGGGAUACCAAAUUGUCUGCCACCUCUGGCUGUCAGAAUUCUUCCUCUGGGCCUGCUACACCUCCUCCAAUUACAACCUGGUGUCACUCACAUCUGAGCGGUACGUAGCUAUCGUGUAUCCGUUUAAAUACUCCACUCUGUACACCAGGAAGUCCAUCGUGGGCAUGAUGGCUAUCAUCUGGUUUCUUGGACUCCUUCUUGAGGCGUCAUACUCAGUUGCAACAAACAGAUACGAAAAUGGCCAGUGUUUCCGCUCCGCUUCAUUUAGUUCGAAGGCUCUUGGCGUCGUCAUUGUCGUUUUCCAGUUCUCCAUCCCAGCGAUCUUCAUGUUGUUCUCCUACUCGCACAUGGCCGUGGAGCUGAAACGAAGCGCAAAUCGCGUCGGUGCCGUCGCUCCGACCGUGUCGGCCAAUUCGGCACCGGCGAACGGAGAGGGUGAGGCCCGCCCGGAAAACGCCGAGCAAUCACUGCUUCGGGCCCGCCGCAACGUCUUCAGGACCCUCCUGCUCGUGUUCAUCACCUUCCUCGUGUGUUGGACUCCGAUCCAGGUCGUUUUCAUCAUGUUCAACAUUUUCUCAAUACUGGACUACACAGGGGCCACUUACGUCAUCUCUCUCUCUCUGGUAGGCAUCAAUUCAUGCGCGAAUCCCUUCAUUUAUGCCUUCAAGUACAAGCAGUUCCGGCGAGGGUUUCUUUCUUUAAUCGGGAGGCCAAUCCAGGCCGAGGACACGCCGGGGAACUAG